CCAGAGGAACCUUCCUUCCUGGGAGGAAAUGCGGGAGCGGAGCUUCGUCGUCUCUGCUCCGGGGAAAGUGAUCCUCCACGGGGAGCACGCCGUCGUGCAUGGCAAGGUUGCCUUGGCUGUGGCUUUGAACCUGAGGACGUUCCUUCAGAUGACCCUUCGGAAUGAUGGGAAGGUCUUGAUACAUCUGCCAAAUAUUGGGACCAGGUUACACUGGGAAACAUCUGAGCUGGAGCCCUUGCUGGCAGCGUUUCCUGCUGGCCUGAUUGACUCUCAGCCCCCCAGCCCAGAACAAGUGGAGAAGCUGAAGGAGUUUGUGGGGGCUGCAGAAGGAGCGGCUGCCGCCACGCACAGCCUGGCCGUCGUGGCCUUCCUCUACUUGUACUUGUCUGUUGCGUCCAAAUGCGGGGUCCUUCCAAGCAUGGACAUCCUGCUGUGGUCUGAGCUGCCCACAGGUGCUGGGUUAGGUUCCAGUGCUGCUUAUUCUGUCUGCCUCGCAGGGGCGUUGCUUUCUGGGUGUGGGAUCAUCAGCUACCCUCUGGGCGAGGGCCAGUCUGUAGCCAGGUGGGCUGAGGAUGAGCUGGACCUAAUCAACAGGUGGGCCUUCCGAGGAGAGCAGGUGAUCCAUGGCAACCCCUCUGGAGUGGAUAACGCUGUGGGGACCUGGGGUGGAGCUUUGAGAUACCAGUCAGGAAAAAUAUUGCCGUUAAAAAGAAUCCCCACUCUACGGAUUUUAUUGACCAACACCAAGGUUCCUCGGAGCACCAAGGUCCUGGUUGCAGGGGUUAAAGACAAGGUGCUGAAGUUUCCUGCCAUAAUGGAGCCGGUGCUGGCCUCGAUUGACGCCAUUUCCCAGGAGUGCGAAGAUGUCCUCAAAGCAAUGGCCGAUCGUCCAUCUCAGGAGCACUACCUUGUGCUGGAGGAACUCAUUGACAUUAACCAGCACCACCUGGAUGUGAUUGGAGUUAGCCAUUCCUCCCUGGACAGAGUCUGCCAGGUCACCGCCUCUCACGGGCUGCACAGCAAGCUGACGGGCGCAGGGGGAGGCGGCUGCGCCAUCACUUUGCUACGGCCAGACACUCCUCCUGCAGUAGUUGCAGCCGCCACCCAAGACCUGGACGCCUGUGGGUUCGAGUGCUGGGAGACGGACAUUGGGGCCCCGGGUGUGUGUGUGCACUCGCCCCCCUCCCUGAAAGCAGAAGUGCAAGCGGUUCUUAGUGGGGUUCCUGGUCCUGCGAGUUCAUCACACUCGGACGUUGCUCAGAUUUGACUGCAGAGGCCUCGCUCAAAGUUGUGGGACCCCUGGAGAUUUUGGGUGGGUUUACUUGGCCUGCUGGACCCUGGAGAAUGCAGUGCAAGGAUGCUGACAGGGCCCGUUUGCUGGAAGGGGUGGUGUCCCCACAAGGUGCUUUGCUGGGCCUGGUUACGCAGCUUGGAAGGGCUGUCACUGGGUGCUGAGGGUGCUGGGUGCUGGCUGUCUUCUGCUUGACUCUCUUCUGUCCUCCUAACUUCAGCCGGGAAGUCCUUUCCCACCCUGUUGAUACCUUGCCAGGGCACGGCUGCUUUGCACCCCUGUGUGGAUAAGGUAGAGCUUCUCUCAUAUUCCCUUGCAGGGUGGCUGGAACUACAUGCUCACAGGCAUAUGUGGAGUUGGGGAAGCACUUGUUUGUAAAGCAGGUGGGGGGGUUGUUUUGACUUUUUGCAAGGG